AUGAAGCCUACUGCUCCCAAGGCAUUUUGCCUGCGUUUGAAGAGCGCCUUCAUCACCAAUCAACUUGUUCCCUACAUCUUCAUUACAAUAAACAUGGGAAACAACCCUUCUAAGCAAGGUCGAAACCCUCAAAGUCGCCAGACCGGUAGCAGAGCACAAAACCUUCAAAUUUCAGGCCCCUCCGGCGGGUUGCAGAUGAUUCCAACCUCCGAGAGAGAUGGUACUGGCCGUCCAAUUGCCCAUCGCUCAUUUGAGAUAAACCGGGAUCAGCUCCUCCUUGCAUUUCGAUACAUGGCAGAAUACCUCCGUCAACAAAAGGCCAAUCUAACUAUCUAUGUGGCCGGUGGUGCAGUCAACACGAUCUAUCUUCGUUCCAGACAUAGCACGGGCGACGUCGGCUCUUGA